UUUGAUUCAUUUUUCGCACAGAGGGAUAAUAAUAAAUCUAUGAAAGAGUAAUAGUGUAAUAGCUUUCUAAGUUCCGUAGCUUAUUUUUUCUCUCCUUAUAAAACUGGGCCAUGCUAAUAAAACAAAACUCUAUUUUGGCUUGAUACCUCCGUUCGGCUGGAGCAGGAUCUGGAGGAUAGAUCUCAACGUGUGUCCUUCAACACAGCCACGCAGCACUUCCUCUUCCUCUUUACUUACUGCCGUGUGCUGACCGUACGUUGUUCUAUCUCUCUCUCUCUCUCUUUCUCUCUGGUUGUUGCCGCCGGAAACAAUGGAGAAUAAGCAGAACCCAGAGAUUGAAACCCCAACUAACAUUACAAUCAAAGGCAUUAUUGGGUUGCUAUUAGAGACGGUGAAAAGUGAUGAUGGAAAAAAGGCAAUAUCAUUGGGGAUGGGUGACCCCACAGUUUACUCUUGCUUCACCUCCCCACCUCUUGCCCAUCAAGCUGUUGCAGAGACCCUCUGUUCCUACAAGUUCAACGGCUACUCUCCCACCGUCGGCCUUCCUCAAACCCGAAAGGCGAUAGCAGAUUACUUGUCCCGAGACCUGCCGGAAAGGGUGUCGGCCGAUGACGUUUAUGUGACGGCCGGCUGCACUCAGGCCAUUGACACGGCUCUGUCUGUUCUGGCUUUCCCGGGAGCUAACAUCUUGCUCCCGCGCCCGGGGUUCCCAAUUUAUGCGCUCUCUGCUGCUUUUAGGCACGUUGAAGUUAGAUAUUUCGAUCUUCUGCCGGAAAAGGGAUGGGCGGUCGAUCUGAACGCCGUCGAAUCGCUAGCUGAUAAGAACACAGUUGCAAUGGCGGUCAUAAACCCCGGGAAUCCGUGCGGGAAUGUCUACAGUUAUCAACAUCUACAAGAGAUUGCGGAGACUGCAAAGAAGCUGAAGGUGAUUGUGAUCGCGGACGAGGUGUACGGUCACCUAGCAUUUGGGGCUAAUAAUCCUUUUGUGCCAAUGGGAGUAUUUGGAUCAAUAGCCCCUGUGAUUACUCUUGGAUCCUUGUCAAAGAGAUGGUUGGUGCCUGGAUGGCGCCUUGGUUGGCUCGUCAUAAAUGAUCCUAAUGCUACCAUUAACACCCCCAAGUUUGUUGGGCGCAUUAAGAAGUAUUGUGACAUUUGUGGUGGUCCAGCAACCUUUAUACAGGCAGCGGUUCCCCGAAUUAUUCAGCAAACUGAAGAAGUUUUCUUUAAGAAGACCAAUAACUUGUUAAAGUGGACAUCGGACAUGUGCUUUCAAAAGAUGAAGGAGAUUCCAAGUCUUAGAUGCACAUAUAAACCAGAAGGGUCAAUGGCUAUGAUGGCAAAGCUUAAUCUGUCCUUGCUAAGAGACAUAAGUGAUGAUAUUGACUUCUGCUUCAAAUUGGCCAAAGAGGAAUCUGUCAUCAUUCUUCCAGGAGUGGCUGUGGGUCUCAAGAACUGGGUUCGACUUACUUUUGCUGCAGAACCAUCUUCCCUUGAAGAAGCACUGAAAAGGAUAAAGUCUUUCUGUCAGAGGCAUUCAUAUGAAGAAAGUGCGCACUCUUAAUUGAACAUACUAUAAUUUUGUUAUACUACUAAUAAUAAUCCAUAAUACAUAUGAAUAUGUAAACCAUAGGUAGUUCUUCGCCAUGUUGUGUACUCAAUACACUUGGAACUUGAAGUAAUUGUUUUCGAAAUUGAAAAUACACUACAGUGUAGUACUACUGGGGAUUAUU